CGAUAUGUUCUUAAUUUAAAUGAAAUAGUAUUUUUUGUUAUUUUGUCGUAUGUGGUGUCCUUUCAAAACGGAUUUUAAAAAAGAAAUCCACCCAUGACUCGUCGAAUGAAUUAAUAAUAAACGGAACAAAAACCACAACAACAAAAUAAUGUGUAAAAAGGGUUUUAUUUGACCGUCGUAAAAGUGGAUGUGUUUUCCAAUCGUUGACGAAUUAACUCUCAUGUUCGUUCUCUGUCUCUCAUUCAUUUAACCAGUCAAUCACGAAUGUAGUGAAUAAUAAAAAAUGAAGUGAAUCCGCUACAGUGUUUUGCGUCGAAAAGGUUCGGUGACCCAUAAAUGUUUAUCGAUACAUAUAUUCAGGGAAAAAAAUCGAAGAAAAUAUACGACGAAGAAAACUGAAACAAAUCGCGUUCAGUUUCAGUGAAUGCUUUUAUUCAGUUGUACAUUUUGUUCUCGAUAAGUUGGAAAUCGAUAGUAAAGUUAAUGAAAUGGGAGUGAUUUUUCUUUCCUGCUGAAUGUAAUGCAUUGUGUGUCGAUGGAAAUUGAUGGAAAGCAUGCAGUUAAUUAAUAGGCAAAACAAGCCUUCGUAGACGUUGUGAUUGCAAAACGAAACAGUAAAACUAAUUUACGUAACUAUUGCUUGUUCAUGCUGUGCACUCUGCCAACAAUUUAUUGAUCAAAACAGGAAAAUUAAAUGGAAACUUGCGAUGACGACCAACUUUGUUGACUAAACGAAUUGUCGAAAUCCAAUCAAUGCAAAAUCUAUUUCAAUUGAUUUCAACGCAAAGCCUACAUGUGCACCAUUGGGAUUUUUUUUAACUGAGCUUGAAUCGCUGGCGCCUUUCUUAUUUUUUUUUUUUCAUUUGAAUGGAUUGAUUUUUAAUACAAUUGAAACGGGAAAUAUAUCUAUUUUGAGAUUCGUUGAACCGAAUUCAGCAGGAGGGAAAACACCGACAUUGCAAUAGUCAAUAAUCACAAUCGAAAAACAAAAGAAGGACAUUUGCCAACAUUAAAUCAUUUACUGUCGAUAUAACGAAUGCAGUGCACCACUGAACUAUUGAUGUAGAAAAUAGAAUUUCCGUUCUUUAUGGUAAAAUUACUUGCGAUUAGCAUAAAAAAUAUAGUAGAACAUUUCAGCAAAACCAAGAAAAAGUAGCAAACGAAUAUGCUGGAAUAUAAUUACCACGGGGUGUGUUACGUAUGAUAAAUAUGCAAUCUGAAAAGAUUUGAGUGGUAUUAUAAUUAAUAACGAUAAAAGUCGUAUCCAAUAUAGCCAGAAAGUGUGCAAAUUAGCGUGAAAGGUUUUGGGUCUGGCAUGAACCUUGACACGAGGCCAAUACGCAUAUAUAUAAAAUAGAAACUCGCAUAGCAUCACAUUAAUGCCAUAACUUUAAACGCGACCGACACUCACACACAAACAACAUAAUGGACAAAUCUAAAUCGAGUUCACCGCGGAAACAAAAGCAACUUGGGCCAGCACCUAUUGCAUCUUUCGAGGAUACAUCGUCCGAUGAGCUUAAAUUUAAGAUGGAUUUGAAUAAAACGGAUUCACAAUCGAUAGAAAAAAGUUGUCCAAAUAAAAAAACGACGAAUGAAACUGCAUCAGCUAUGACGGAAUCAGCACAAUCACGAAAUGUGUUACGAGUUUCACAAACGCCUCGUAUUGAUAUAAGUCGUGCAUCAAGUUCAUCGCAACACGAAGACAGCCGCGACAGUAGCCCGGAAAAUGUUUUCGAUCAAGUUGGUGAAGGAGUAUUAGAAGAAGGAAAUGAAAUUGAUUUGGGAUUCGCAGAAGAUGGAACAAAUGACUUGAGAAGAUCCACAGAGGAACUAUAUUUGAUUGAAGGUGAUAGCAAAAAUAAUAAGGAAAAGGUUGAACGAGAAAGUGAAUGUCAGCCACAAAAACGUUCAUCGCCAACAUCAUUUAAAUUCGAUGAAAAACAGCAAGCGUGUUUACAGCAAAAUGCACGUAAAGACUCGGUAAGCUCUGAAGUGGCAGCUUUGUUAUGUAUAUCGGGUAGAACGAGCCGUAUUUCAAGUGUUGGCAGUCAAGGAUCGGCUGUAAGUCGAUUGUCGGCUGUAUCUGGUAUAUCACGUUCCCCUUCACCGCAUAAAACAAUGCUAGAGACAUCGUUUUGUGGACCAAAACCUCUUAAUUCUGGCAUUGCUAUUGCAACAGCCAAUGAUACUCUUACUACCGAUGAAUUGGAGCAAAUUAUUUUGGCACGUAAACAUGAUGUUACCAAGGCUGUAUUAGCCGAAGGUAUUAACAUCGAUUUAUCAACACCGAAAAAAAUAAAAACUGAACCGAAAAAAGAAUCCAAUGGUAGUUUUAAAGAUGUUCCCGAGAAAAUCGUUAAGCGUACACAAAUUGUUACCGAUAAGAGUAAAGUGGGCGCAGCACGUGCCAAUAACCAACCCAAAAAAGGUGGUGUACUCAAGAAAAACAAUUGCACCAUUGUUGGUGUUACGCCAAGUGGAACUCAGUACAUUCGAAUAAAACUGAAACCGGACGACCUGUAUGAUGACCAAGGAAUAUCGUCAAAUGAACGUGUGGUCGAAGAGACCGAAGUGUCAAAACCGGAUUCAUUAAGUUUGAAAAAAUCUACAACUAAAAAAACCGCUCCACAUUUUACGCAAUUGGUUCAAAAUGAUGGUGCUACUGCAAAGCAAACUGAUCAACAUCUAACUCCGACUGCAUCACCAAAACCCUCACGAAAUGUGUUGAAAAAUGCUGGUAGCCGAUCACCAUCGCCCGCCACAGCGGCCAUUAGUAUUUCGCGUAAAAGUUCAUUCUGUUCAUUGUUCAAGGCAAAAGAAGCGGCCAGUCCAGAUUCACCAAGUGGUCAACGAAAAAAGAGUGCUAUUUCAAUCCUGUUAGAUAGUCCACGUGAUCGUUCGCGAAGCAAAAGUCGAGAAAGUGAUAAAAGCAGUGGCGGUUUAUCAGCAAAUAGCACACCAAGUAAACAACGAUCCGUUUUGGCCAUAUUUAAACCCCGAAAGAAUUCAUCAAAGUCAUCGUCACCCAUCGAUCCCGAGAUGAACGAAAUAAUGUCAGGAAAACAAGAGCAUCAGAGUCGAAAACAAACGCAUAAACAAGAAGAGUUUCAGCAACGACCGGGCAGUACGACACCCAGACUACGAUACUACGAACAACCCAGAGAUCCACAUGAAGGCAUUCACAUACCAUUGCGUACGCCACCUGACGAAAAAGAAAACGUAACAUUUGCAUCAUCGAUCGCAUCCACAUCGCAAUCGAUUCCAGUAAGUAUUCAUGCAACGUCUAGUGGCGCUGAUGUGAUUGAAGUAGCACCAAUUAAGCCAAAAACACCGAUAAGCGAAAGAAAACAACCGAAACAAUCAAUUACAAAAUCAGUUGUAAGCACAUCGACUACACCAACAGCGACUGCACAACCAAAAACUAAGAAAAAUUAUCGAAUCGAAUUACCCGAUGGCAGCAUACGCAUUCCCUUGCGAUCUCCGUCUGAUGAACGCAAUGAAGCCGAUGAUUUCGAUAAUAAUAGCCAAUUGUGGAGUACAGCCGUUCAACGAAAUAGCUCUCAAGAGAGUCAAGAUACGGUUAUUUCGUCGAAGGCAGCUUCAUUGGUUAGUGGCGGUGAGAUUCAAGCAAAUAAAUCGUCUGUGAUUUCAACCGUUGUCGCCGCUCAAACACCACCAAUUACAACAGCUGUUGAAAAAAUAUCGGAAACGCCAGCUAAACAAAUAUCACAAGAUGAAACGACAAUCGUAUCCGUUGAAAAUGUAAACGGUGGCAUUCGUGCAAUGUCAAAAGAGCGCAAGCGAAUUCUAUUUAGUACAAAAAUUGGAUCAGGCAGUGAAGAGCAAAUAUUUGCGACACAAUUGAGCUUGUCGAAAACGGAAAGUCUUUCGAGCCAAUUAUCCGAACAAGUGCCGAAUUUAGAAAGUCCAUCUGCUGAAAAAAGUGACAGCAUUUUGCGUGACGAUCAAAAGCCCGAAUCAAUACCCGAACAAAUUGAGCCGGUUGUGAGAAUGAGAUCAAAAGAAGAUAACAAGGAUCGGGACACAGAUACUGAAGUGCAUGCUGUUAAACAAGAAAUGAUUAAUGUGAAUCGUCAUUCAAUGUAUAUCGAAAAUAUCGAAGAGAUUAUGGAAAAUCAAAGAAGAAUUGAAUCAGAGCGAAAAAAUUCGAUAGCAAAAGAGCAAUUAAAGCAACAAAAAUCGAGCGAUAGUUUUACCGAACAGCCUCGACAAAGUGUAAAACCAAUUAAACCGGAACGAGCUAGUAAAAUGUCAUCGCCAAGAAGUAGAGAUUCAACUGAAGAUCGUCGCACUGCCGGCGGAUCAUCUGGCAGUGAACAAGACUCUGAAAUUGAUUUAAAACAUCGAUGUCCACGACAAGUUGGCGCUGUUGAAGAGGAAAGUACGGGUUUGGUAAGUCAGGAAUCGUAUGAUGAUGAUUUACCGUUUGUGGCCACAACACUACCGAGUGAAGUCACAAUCGGUGUGUCUAUCAUGCCGAUUCGGGAACGUGCUUUAAUGGAUGUAAGAACAUGCCCCGUGGAACGGCCACGCUCAACAACACCACUGAAUAUAUCGUGUUUACAAGAAUACUGUGGUGCAGCAGCUUUAACUGAUGACUUGGAGUACACACGUGGCGAAAAGCUUCGAAUCAGUUUACCGCGAAAAGAUUGUAAAGAAAGUUCGAUUGCAUCAAGAUCAAAAUCACCACGUAGAGUAUCGAAUUCAAGUGGAAAGAGUUGGUUUGAGUUUGCAGAACAAGGUAUCGGUGGUACGGCCACAGUCAGUAGCCCAUCAAAUUCUAAUGCAAAUAAGGAUAUUGCUCCAAAUGAUUCGACAACAGUACGUAAAACUCCAAAGAGCACAACAGAAUGGAUUGAUUUUGAGAACAUUCCGGAAAAACGAAAGCCAGCUAAACGCAUAACAACGUUACCGCAUAAAGAGCACGGAGGUGAAACAUCACAUCACGUUCAAUAUAAUUAUGUAAAUCCAGACGAAUGCCAAUGCGAAUGUCAUGGAAAUGAACGAGAUGGUGGUGGUAGUAAUAAAUCGGAUAGCGAACGAAAAGAAUCAUUGACUGAAGAUCAAUCACCAGAUGACUGUGUUCCAUUACUUGAAUCGGAUCCCGAAGAAAAUUUAAAUAGAAAUGUGGCAGGCGAACCAAGUGAACAAAUGACGCGUCCAUCGGUCGAACAAUGGAAUCAACAACCAUUCAGUUUCGAUGCACCGGAUAAUGAUAAAACGAAGAAAACUAGCUUUGACUCAGGCGGUUCACAGUCGCCAGUCUAUGCACGCUCAAAUAAAACGACGACCGUUCAAUUGCCUCAAAGACUUCAACGUUAAGGAUUUACGAUUUACUCAAUGUAUUUUGUCAGUGUUAUAAUUUAUAUAGUCAAUUCUACAUCACUCCCACAUUUUUGAUGCAUCUACGCAACUGCAAACUUGAAUUCUCAAAUGCUCACGCGAUUUUUUUUUUGAUUAUUUUCAUUUUGAAAAUGUUUGAAUCGAGCGACUGAUAUAUUGUGAAUUGCGUAUGUUGCUCUAUUAUUGACAUAAAAUGGAAAAUGUCGCUAUUAUUAUUAUUAUAGGCAUUCAAUAUUUAGCUGAAUUAAAUAUUAUUAUAUUCGAUACCAAAAAAAAUAAUGCAAUAGAUAAUUGAAAUUAGUUAAUGAAACCAAGUAUUAUGAUUAUAUUCUCAAGGAGAGAAAUGUGCAAUCAUUUAGUGAUUUUUUUUUUAUUUUACUUAUAGUUCUGAUUGAGAUUUUUGUUCAAGUAAAAAAAACCUCUAUUGGUGAUAUUUUUUGUUUUAUUCUCCUAUUUCUAUUCGUAUGCACUGAUUGAGUAUAGACUAUUAUAUAAUAAUGUUUGAAUGUUUGACAUUUCGAUUUUAAAUCGAACUCAAAAUAUUGCUUUAUUCAAACCCCAAACCAAAUUUUAAAAACGUACCCUUGUUUGUUUUGCCUUUUUGAUUGCUAUAUUAAGCUUUCGAAUUUAUCAAACAAAAAAAAAAACUAUUAUUCUAUUAAGAAAGUAUAAAUAUAUUUGAAGUGUGAGCAGUUUAGAUCAAUGGAAUGGUUAGAAGAUAUAAAUUAAAUGAGAAACCAUUCUGGCAAGCAAUAUACUUAAGAAAAAAUAUAUACGUAGCACGAAAGAGUACAUCAUAUGAUCGCUGUUCCAAAUUUUUUCCCUUGUUCCCAUUCGAUAAAUAUUUAAUCAUCACUGAUACAUACAUAUGCUAACAUUGAAAAACUUAUGAUCAACUCAAAACAACAACAACAAAAUCGUAUACAUUUAAACAUUAUUCCGAGGGCGGGGAACAUUUUUCCUACGAUUUUUUUUUUGAAUCACAUAGAAAAUCGUUUUGCGAUAAACCAUUGACGCGCAGGAGAUGUUAUUUAUGAAUUUUCUCCCGUCAAAAUCGAAAUUAUAUAUUAUAAUAGCUCAUUAGCUGACCCUAUUUGGCCUAUCGUAAUGGUAAAUAACAUACAUUAAAAUAACGCUGUCAAUCAAUAACAAAAAAAAAAGUUUUCAUUGCACCAAAACCAAAAUCAAGAUAAUAAUCAAGUAAUAAUUUAGGCUGAUGGUCACCAUUUUUUUCUAAUCAAUUGUUUUUUCAAUGGUGCUAUGCGCACCAAACAACUAUCUAUUGACAUCAUCGUUGAUCAAUAUAAUAACAUUCAUGGGAUUCCAUCCAAAAACGAAAAUAAUAAAAAAACAAAUAGAUUUAAUUUGUAUCGUUCCUCCGUUUUUUUAGAUACAACUUUUUUUUAUAGUGAAUACCUUACAUAAUCAAGCCGACCGAUUUACAAUAUUAAUAUCACCCACCAGACCACGAUGAUUUUUUUAAAAUAUGUGUUUUUCUGUCUCGCUCAUGUUUUGUAGCCAUAUAUGCAUAUUUGUAAAUUCCCAUUUCAUUUUCGAAUUGCACCGUAUCACAAUGUGAAAUCAACACUAUCUACCUAUACAUACACAUAAAAUCGAUCGCAAUAAAAUAAUAAAACAUGGAAUCUAACAAAAAGAAACAAUGAAUGUCAUGAAAACAAUUGCUUGAGAAAUAAUUUACAAGUUUGAUGGUUGUUAGAACGUGAAAUUAAUCGAAGCCAAAUCUAAUUGGAUUUAAGAUAUUGUAAAUUUGCUCAACAUCUUUUCUUUGUCUGAGCAAAUCUUUGUGUUGGUCUUAGAUUUAAAAUAAAUCGAUUCCACAGAAAUGCAAACAAUGAAUUACUUCAAGUUAUCGAUAUAAUAAGAGAAGAAAAUUUAAAAAAAUAAAACGAAAACACUUAUAUUACUUAUACAAAAUACUUGUUAUUGGUUAAAGACGAUCUCUAAAAAUUUAUUAAAAUGAAAACACAUUCAUAUUUCAAGUCAAAUAAAAACAUUUUAUUUAUUUCAAGCGUCGUUCAUUCGUAGCGAAUUGAACCCACAACGUACACAUUUAUUUGAAAACAAUAAAUCAAUU